CCUUGAAAUGAAACAUUUUUCCUGCAAUUUAUAUAUUUUCUAAAUUCCCAUUGAAAAAAGAAAUACCCAAAUUUUCCCGAGAAAAAAAAUGUGAAAAGUCUCAAUGAUCAACAACAGAUCAACGGAUCUUUUUAUCAUUUCUCAAUAUACAAAUCCUUAAUCAAAGCGAAAUCGAGAGAUUAUUGAAUUUUGGGUAAAAAUCAUAUCAUUGCAACAUUUAAUAGAUCAUGUCUUUCUCAUUCUUCAAGCCGUCGAGGCCGAAAACCCCACCAGAGGUUGCCAAAGCGAUCAAAGACAGCCUUAAUGCACUCGACACCAAAACCGUUGCUGAAGUUAAAGCCCUUGAAAAGGCUAUGGAAGAAGUUGAGAAAAAUUUUGUGACAAUGAGAUGCAUGCUUUCUGGGGAUGGUGAGGUUGAACCGAAUGUUGAGCAGGUCUCACAGUUGGCACUUGAAAUCUCUAAAGAGGAUGUUAUUUCCCUUGUUGUUCACAAGUUACCGAUACUGGGAUGGGAAGCAAGAAAAGAUUUAGUCCACUGUUGGUCCAUAUUGUUGAAGCAACAAGUUGAUUCCAAAUAUUGCUGUGUGGAAUACAUUGAGAAACAUUUGGAGUUACUCGACUUUCUCGUAGUUUGCUAUGAUAACAAGGAAAUAGCUUUAAAUUGUGGAAAUAUGUUGAGGGAGUGCAUCAAAUUUCCAUCACUUGCACAAUACAUAUUAAAUUCUGCUAGCUUUGUGCUGUUCUUCAAAUUUGUGGAGUUGCCCAACUUUGAUGUUGCUUCUGAUGCAUUUUCAACCUUUAAGGAUAUUCUUACAAAACAUGCAUCAUUGGUAGCUGAAUAUUUGACUGGUCAUUAUGAUGAGUUCUUUGAUCUCUAUGAAAAACUCCUGACCUCUUCUAAUUAUGUCACAAGAAGGCAAUCUUUAAAGCUUCUAUCGGACUUUCUUUUGGAGGCUCCAAAUGUGCAGAUAAUGAAGCGCUACAUUUUAGAAGUUCGAUACUUGAAAAUCAUGAUGACAUUGCUGAGGGAUUCAAGCAAAAACAUUCAGAUUUCUGCUUUCCACAUUUUCAAGGUUUUUGUUGCUAAUCCUAACAAGCCAAGAGAGAUAAAGAUCAUUUUGGCAAAAAACCAUGAGAAAUUGUUGGAACUGCUUAAUAGUCUCUCAGGGAAAGGUGCGGAAGAUGAGCAAUUCGAAGAGGAAAAAGAGCUAAUUAUCAAGGAAAUUGAAAAAGUAUCCCGGUUGCAAAGUCUUAAAUCCUAGCUUCCUCUUCUCGUUCAGUUAAAUGCUAAAUUCUGUGGUGGCUGGAACUGUUUGCUGAGGAAAAAAGGGCUGCAACUAAGGAUUAUCAGAGGUUGGAUAUAAGAUAAAUAUACAAGAAAUAGUAAGGCCUUCUAAUUCUAAUAUCUUGUUAGGACUAUCCAUGAAUUAUGAUAUUUUCGUACAAAAGUGUGAAGAAGAACUGAUGACUAGACUUGAUUGCCGUGUGAUUGAUUGAAAGGGUGACUGUAUGAAUCAUCUGCAAACUCGUGUCAUGCUAGUGGUGUAUGACUGAGUUCGGUAUCUGGAUCUAGGGUUUGUAGUAGAAUUGAAGCAUUUUUUUUCCCCUAACAAAGUAAAAAAUGUUUGGUGUGGAAGUUCUUAA